UUCGUCCCACCUCCAUGGUGAAAUUUUGUCAACGCGUGUUCCUACGGUUUUCCCACACUGACGCAGAUGUACCCCGGCAAGGUGGAAAGAAAACUUUACGUUACCGAACCAUGAUCUUUGUGCAUUGUCUCGCCUGUUCUCAGGAGGUUUAAAGCCAAAGAAUGGAGUCAAGGACAUGCGUGGAUUAAAAUGGAUUUGGCUUUUGGAUCAGCUAAGCCCUAUGGGUCUUCAAGAAGUAUUGUGAGAAGAAUAGGUUCAAACCUUCCUUUUGGGCCUUGUCCUCGGAUUCAUUUUCAGCUUUACCCGUACUCAGAGGAUGCUGGUGUCCUUAUCACCACCAGGAGGCGCAACGGCCUGGUGGCCGGUCUGGCAGAUAUUGCCUGUAUUGACAGAGAGAAUGAAGACUACUCUGACGCACCCAGGUCGGACGUCUCGCAGGGGCUCAUGUUUCGAGCCCAGAGGCAUCACUUUCAUAGAAGACCCCUAACCCGCCAGAGGUCACUACCCAGCAUGCCUGAGGGGGCUCCAGAUCCGCAAAGUGCAACGGUUGCAAAUGAUGAGGCUUUUCAGAAAAUCAGCCUUCUAGAAGCUGAACUUGCACAACUCCGAGCACAGAUAGCUCAAAUUGUCUUGACUCAAGAAAGGACUGCACAGUCGGCUGCUAUCACAGGGGUACCUCCACACCCUCCACCUUCUGGCAGUCUGCCUCCACCACCACCACCUCCUCCUCCUCUACCACCCCCAGGUCUACAGCGAACAUUUUCAGCCAUUGAUUUGAUAAAAGAGCGCAAAGGAAAGAAGACGGACCAAGCAACAGUUUUGGAUUCAAGGCCAGCAGAAAUCCCCAACAUGCUGGAGGUCCUGAAGGACCUCAACAAAGUUAGGCUGCGAUCUGUGAAUAGUCAGCCAGCUAAAGAAGUUGCCAAAGUGAGAUCCAAAGAGCCAGUGGAUGCUGCAGCUCUCAUCGCCGAAGCCCUCAGGCGCAAGUUUGCUCAUCGCCAUCGACUCAACAGCGAGCAGGACGCUGUGGAGGAUUUCAAACUUCCUAUCAAAGAAGUCAAACCUCAAAGUGAAACGCCUCUGUUCGGGCAGCACAUGUUGAAGGCAACUGGAAAGAGAACGUGUCUAUAAGCAGUAGUGUCCACGGCCUGGAUAAAUGUGGAACAAAUGAAGUAAACCUUUUAAUUUCAGCAGCCUGUGGAAUGACAGAGGAUUUUCCUUGAAUGGCUCGUUUCAGUCAUAGUUGCAUGCACAAAUGUGGCUAGUUUUGCACUUUUAUAUUUAUCAUCUUAUUGUUUUGAGUUGUUAAAAACUAACAAUAACAAAAAUUAAGAGUUUUAUUUUUUAAUCUUUUUUUGCAUUGUGUUAAACGUAUUUGCGCAUAUCAGGACUUGUUCAGUUUUGUAUUUUGCAGGCUGUGUGUGUCGACAAGCAGUUCUACCAUUAAAGAAAAAUGUUUUCAGAAAUGGAAAUUCAUGCUUUGUUGUACACAUUUACAAAUAGAUCAAUUUAUAUUUAAGACUUGUUUGUUUCAAGUAUUAAAUUAGAUUUUAACAGUGAAUUGUCAAUCAUUAAGUAAAGGGGAUAAAGUCAAACGUAAAUGUUAUAUCUUCUGUGCCUGUACAGGUUAGAUGUCACUUUCUGUUAUUUGUUUUUGAAUAAUUUUGCUUUUUAGGACAGAAAUACAUUCCACUGAUGCUUCUGAAUUUUUAGUUUUUUUUAAAUUAAAUUAUUCAUAUACUUUGUUGGGAAUUCUUGGUUGAAAUUUUCGGUACGUGACCAGAUCUUUCCUCUGUAGUGAGGAGUCAUUAGUCACCCAAAACAAUAAGUUCACAAUGUAAACUGGAUGAGGGGGCUUUUUUUGUAGACUCAGCUCAAAAGCACUUCUUGAAACCUGAGUCACAUUGGGGCACAUUAGGGCAUUUGAAGCAUUUCUGGAUGAGUGGGCGUCUGUGUGGAACCUGCUCUGAGUAAACACUUACCUUUUAUAAAGGGCAGGUGAGCCGAGUGUGUCAGUAAGUGAUCUCCUUUUGAGAUUUUGGAGACUAAUUUCAAACUAUGUUGUCAAAUCUUUCAAUAAAAAAUCAAAUUUCCUUA